UCGGAAACGCUGUCCGUGCUGCUUCCUCUGAAUUAGCUUCCUAGCAAAACAUAUCCUGUGUUCUUGCAUAAAAGUUGACUUCGGAGCUUAGAGGAAAAACAUAUUUGUUUUCCAGUCUGAGGUUUUCCAGGUGAUAUGUCGUGACAUUUUUGAGCCAGCUCCGUCUUUUCAAUUUUCACGUCACUUUAAUUGGGGAGAAGCGCUGCAGGAAAUUAGCUCACUAGCUUCCUGACAACCGAGGAGGAUUAUGAGGUUCAUGCUUCCGUUUUUAUGCUCAUUUUAAAUCACCCUGUGGAAAUGGACACCGAGCCGAUAGUAAUCCGUAUAAAGACACCUUUAGGGGACAUGGACUCAUCCGUGGACUAUCCGUCUGUGUUGAACUUCAACGACUUGCUGGUCGCAAUCAGAGACGUGAUGCCUGAAGCCACUGUCACAGCGUUUGAAUAUGAAGAUGAGGUGGGAGACAGAAUUACUGUACGAAGUGACGAAGAACUCAAAGCUAUGUUGUCAUAUUACUGCAACACGAUGAAUGAACAGCGCUUAAAUGGACUGAUGCCAGACCCGCUACAGAUUUUUCCAAGAGCCGGCAAGACUCCAGGGAUCCGGAACAUACAUGGCCUGAAGGUUAACACGAGACCCAACCCAGCCAACGACUGCACUCAGGUUGUCCCAGACUCCUUAGCCAACAACAGUUUGAAGAAAUCAUCUGCAGAGUUGAAGACGAUCUUGACGAAUGGGCAGAUAAAUGCCCAGGAUCUACACUAUCAGGAGCAACUUGGCCAUGGAAAUGGAGGCACAGUUUAUAAAGCGUACCAUGUUCUCAGCAAGCGUGUUUUAGCUGUCAAGGUUAUUCCUCUGGAUAUUACAGUGGAGUUACAGAAGCAAAUCAUGUCAGAACUGGAAAUUCUCUACAAGUGCGAUUCGCCCUACAUCAUCACUUUCUUCAGUGCCUUCUUUGUGGAGAACAGGAUUUCCAUAUGUACAGAAUUUAUGGAUGGUGGAUCUUUGGACGUCUACAAAAGAAUACCGGAGCACGUUCUGGGAAGGAUUGCUGUGGCAGUUGUAAAAGGCCUGACAUAUUUGUGGAGCCUGAAGAUACUUCACAGAGAUGUCAAGCCUUCCAAUAUGCUGGUGAACACCCGAGGACAAGUCAAGCUGUGUGACUUUGGUGUCAGCACGCAGCUGGUGAAUUCUAUAGCAAAAACCUAUGUGGGAACCAAUGCAUAUAUGGCACCUGAAAGGAUAUCAGGAGAGCAGUAUGGGAUCCAUGCUGAUGUCUGGAGUGUGGGCAUCUCUUUCAUGGAGUUGGCUCUUGGCAUGUUCCCGUACCCUCAAAUUCAGAAAAACCAAGGAUCUCUAAUGCCUCUCCAGUUACUGCAAUGCAUCGUUGAUGAGGACCCUCCAGUUCUUCCCGUUGGACAGUUCAGUGAAAAGUUUGUUCACUUCAUCACUCAGUGCAUGCGAAAGAACCCCAAGGAGAGACCUGCACCUAAUAAUCUCUUGGACCAUUCCUUCAUAAUCCAGUACAACGACGGGAACGCCGAGGUGGUGUCCAUGUGGGUCUGCCGCUGUCUGGAGGGGAGGCGAUCUCAGCAGGCCCAGUGACGCGUCGGGCGUCCUCCUGCUGUCCAGACGCUUACUCACCGGGACGUUUGACACCAAACCAUGAGCACUUACUAAAGCCUUCAGGGCCGAGUACGUCCACAUGCACUGCAUUAACGACUGGGUAAUAACUGUUACAUACUUUAUUUGAGAAUCUGUUUAUUUAAAAAGACUAGGUGGACAAAACACGGAGGAGCUCGCAUCCCGGGACGAUGUCCAGACUUUGUGCGGUCCGAGUUUCGCUGUCUGUCUCCAUCUUGUGUAGCAGAUGCUCUGCCAUGUUUGUUAUUAUUGUUAUUAUUAUUAUUCUUGGAGAAUUCUGAGAAUUGACUCAAAGGAUCAGAGACAGUACACAACUUCGCAAAACAAAAAAAACACGAGUGGCCGGCGGAGUUUCGCUCUGCCGAGCAUUGCCUUCAAGUGAAUGUCAAGGUUUCCUCCUGUGAGUAACUGCCCGUCUUCUGUGCCUGGUUUUCAUGUGCUUUCAUUUAUUACCUCAGCAACUUUAAGUUGUCAUUUGAUAUUUGCCAAAAAAAAAAAAAAAUAAAGAAAGCUCCCAUUUGU